CCACGUAACCAAAUCGAAGAAUGCAGUACACAAAUACUGCAAAUUCAGCAACCACCUUCUUGACUUGGAAACAAUUCAUUUGCCAGACGCGAAGUCGGCGAUAUUCCUUCACGGAAUGUCGUGUGUGAGAUAGGAUUAGUUUCCUUGUGUAAGCUCAACAGAUAUUCAGAUUCUAGAAACAACGAUGUCGACCAUUCUUCUACAUUUAUUCUGGAUUACUCUGCUAGCCCCUGCCCUGAGCUGGCAUCUAUCUGGUUUCGCCCCAUUACACGCCCCAGUUGGACAAGUAGCUGUGUGGAGAAAUCGGGCGUAUAUUUGCGUGCCUAGAUACGAUCUAGGGACCGUGACAGCCACGCUCUUAGAGGCUUCAUGGCCAGAGACUAUGAACUCCAGUCACAAAGCAACGCAACAGGCAGGUGGAUUCUCGUCCCACAUGUCUCCUCGGCCUUACCCUAGAAGUGACCCGACAAUGCAACGAGAGGGGCACUGUCCUUCGCUCCAGAACGUAACAGCUUUGGACGUCGAUUCUAUGAGAGGGCGACUGUGGGUCCUGGACGCUGGUACUAAAAUCUGUAGCCCCAAAGUGAUUGUUUUUGACCUGCGCAGGAACGAAGAGGUUCUGAGGGUGUGGCUGACAAAUGUGGCGUCACAUGCGUUAACUUCCAUUGUAGCGGAUCCGUUUGUCGGUGCCUGGGGACCUCGCGCCUACGUGGGCGGUUCCAGAAGCGGCGCAUUACUGGUCAUAGGGCAGAGCGGGUGGUGGCAGAUUGGACUGGACGUGAAGAGCUUGGAAAAGGAACGCAUGCAUGCUGUUGGCGCCGUGACGCUCGCUUUGUCCCGACGCGAGUCUCUCUUAUACCUGGCGGAGCCUGACUCGGACCGGAUGUUCUCAUUGGACCUGUCAGCCAUUCGGUCCUCACCGCAACCCAGUAGCAAUAAGGCGAAAAGGCAGCCUGUGACGUUUCUGGGGAGGAAACUAGGACCAUCCCGUGGCUUGGUUCAGGAUCUCUCGGCAGGACUGCACUAUUUCCUGCCCCGGGAUCAUGCGGUGGUGCGUUGGGACACGAGACGUCCUCUGUCGGCGGAGUCCCACACCGUGCUGCUGCAAUCGCCCAAGACCCUGCCCCAAGUCAGUCACAUGUUUCUGGACCCACAGUGGCAGGUGUGGGCUGUCGUCGGCCAGCGCUGUGUCAGGAUCCAGAAAUAUUCGUUCGUGUAAACUACCGCCGAUACAUACGUAUUUAUUACAAAUAAAUAUUAUAAAACUCUA